AGUAUGAAUGGUACAGUGGCAAAAGAGUAGGGCAUUGGAUUAGCAUUCUUAUAUUUUUACAUUGCUUCAAAAUUGUACCCUGUAAUCAGAGUGUGAAAUUUUGUUGCAGCACUACGAAGUAAUGAUCGCCAGGCCAUUUGGCAGCAUAAGCCUUAGAAGACUUGUAUCUGAAAGUUGAAAGUUGCAGUUGAUCAAGGCUUGCUUUGUGAACGAUUUGAAGUAAUUUAAUAUAGCUUUAAUGUAGCUAUCAAUUGUACAGUACAGGACUCAGGGCUUAGUAGCAUACUUUUAUCCAAAUAAAUCGACCCCAACUGGAAAUUGAUCCCUGGAUUUCGCCAUAGACACCAUUCCACCAUUAUGAUAUUUAUGAUUGAUAAAUUACUGAUACUAUAUAGUGCAAUGAAUAAAUCAUGGAAAGGAACUGAAGAAUUGGAAAAACUUAUCAAAGAAACUAAAGACCAAAUCGAUGAUCAUAAGCAAGAGCUUGCAAAACUAGAGGUUCAACUCAGUUGGCUUUUUAAAGAAAGAGAAAAUCAGAAGAAAAAUGAACAGGAAAUCCAGAAAGAAGAUGAGGAUCGGAAACACCGCUCAUUUCAUUCAAUGAAGCAAAAUUCACCUAAGCGUAAUCUACCUGUUGCACCAGUGAGACAACUUUCACAGAGUGAUUCUAGUACUGAUAAGCAGAUAAUCCGCUCAUCAACAAGUUCUUUUGUCAGCAAGCUGGCCGGAACUUCUCCAAAACUAAGUAAGAGACCAGUUUCCUGCUCAUUGGAAGACAUAUCUCGCAUUGGGAAUAGCUCUACAUCUUUGUUAUCCAAUAUGAAAGGCAAAAAGUUCUCUACCAUUGAUCUACGGUUUUUCAAAAGGCUCAGUAGUUAUGCGAGGAGCCCAACUCGAUGGGAUGGCUCAAACCCUAAACUAUCAAUUUCCUCGAUGGAUGAAGUAUUAUCAGAGUCUUUUAGUGUUAACACUUCUACAGACGAUUUGGAUGCUCUGAAUUCUUCUAGAUCUGAGGAAGGUAGAAAGACAGACGACGUGACAGAAAACAUUGAGUCUCAGAUGUUGCACCUACAACAGAACAAGGGAUUUUUCUCCAAAAAGUCAAAUAAAACUCAGGGAGAUGUCGGCGAUGGAACUUCACUUAUUAGUGACCAAUCAGCAGCAAGUGAUGAGCUCUCUGCAGAAAAUCUUUCAUUUUCAGACUCAAGUGGUUGUCAGGGAAACCAGACAUCGGGAGACUAUGAUGUACCUAGUCAAGAACAAAAUAGUGCCACGACGAGCUCAUCGUCAGUCUCGACAAGAAGUGAAAAGUUGGGAAAAAAGGUUCGCAGCACAAAAGGAAUGAUACGCAGUAAAUCUUCAGUCUUUAGAGACGAGGAUUCUCUAAGCCAGGGGUCCCUAUUCAGUUUUGAUACUGUUGAUAAACUUGUGGUGGUAGAAAACUUCUUAAAUUUGGAGCGCAGUUAUGUGGACAAGUUGAAAUUAUUGGUCGAGAAAUACGAACAAGCACUACGAGAACACUCCAAAGACUCGCUCACACUUCGUCACAAUGUUAACACCGUCUUCCACCACCCCUGCCACCUGCUCAUGAUUCACAAGAGUUUCCUUAUUGCUGCCCAGCAUCGCGUCAAAAAGCAGGCGUCUGGCAGUAACGUUCCUAUUUUGUUUGGGGAUCUCUUCUUGGAAAUGGUUAAUCAAUUUAAAGUCUAUAUUGAAUACGCUAAAGAUUUUCCAUUCAAUAUGGAGACAUUGUCUACAAUAGAAUCACAGUAUAUUCAGACUAAAGAACUUAUCGAUAAGAUCGGUAAAGAGGUGGAGAUAUCGUUGCCAGACUUGUUCCAUGUUCCUCUGAGACAAGUUGAAACAUAUCAACACCUCAUAUCUAAUGUCCGACUCCAGCUCCUUGGGGGAGAGCCUAGCAGUGAAGCCAUUAUCCUGGAGGAGGCAGAAUAUAAAUUAGAAGAAAUUACCUCAGUGAUUGACAAAAUAAUGGCUGAGGUACGUAAAAGGACAAGAAGUAACAGAAAGAGAGAGCUGAUACAUAAGGGCAUGAUGGCAGGUCAGAACGAGAAGGGAGCUCUCAAGAUGAGAUAUUUGUUUCUGUAUAACGAUGUGCUGAUUUGUGCCAGGAUGCCCAAAACGUCCGAUCACGCCAGUUUAUAUUUACCUAAGUGGUACCUUCCACUGUCGGACAUCCUACUUCCACUUACUCAUGACCCUGGGAAACUCAUGGAUACCAUACAACUAAAGCAGUUGAAAGUAAAGAUAAGAGAACUUCAGAGGCUAUUAAAAGAAGAAGACACAAAUGUCAUUCAGGAUGUUAAUAAAGGCCCUGUUUCGAAACGGAUGAGAGGUUUUAAGAAACAGCGGAGCAGACAACUGAAAGACUCGCUUAAUGACAAGAUUGAAGAAUACCACGUGUUACAUAUGAACCUCCCCUUCAAAAUUAUUUCCAAGCGAGGAAAGAUGUACACAAUGCACAUGCACGGCGAGAAAGAACGAGACGAAUGGAUGAGGCAGAUCCAAACGCAACUCAACAAAGUUCCGGCCUGCACAGCAAACAUCAGUCUUUCUAACGCGGAGGUGGAAAGUCUGUUGGAGAGAUAUACCAAGCUCCGUAAAAACUCGGCGAUAGCAAAGCUUGACGUUGAUAAUGACGACGAAACUCUGUACGAUGGAGUGCUUCUAGUACAAGUUAUUUGUGGCACUGAGUGUGGGGAGGUUGGUACUAAACCCGACAUCUACUGCACCCUCGAAGCUGAUUGUAAUGGGGAGAUGUGCAAGAAGAACAAGACUAAACUCAUGAAAGGGAGCAUCAACCCAAUAUGGGACGAGACGAUAUGUGUACCUGCCGAGGCUUGCCAGUUCCUGCGAUUCGAGCCUUCGGGAAGAAGAAAUUCUCAGCUCCACUCGAGAUCGGAAGUAAACUUCUCACUCUGGCAGAAUACAGCCUGGAGGACAACAGUCCUAAACCUUUAGCAGUGAACCUACAGCCAAAGGGUCAGAUCAAGUUGACAAUCCAGUUGUUGUCACUAGAGCAAGCCAGAUUACGCAAGGAAUCCCAGCAUCAAACAUUCGGGGUGCCUCUUGAAGAGCUUGCUCUCAUUGAGGGACAGAAAAUACCUCCUAUUAUCCACUCCUGCUUCAGGCAGAUAGAAAGACGAGGAGUGAUGGAGGAAGGGAUCUACCGGGUCAAUGGCAUCGUGGGAGAAAUACGCAGACUCAAAUCUGCUUUUGACGAGUCUGCUAGAAAUGGAGAGAUCCUGGCUACAGAAGCGGAAGUGAACGUGGUGGCUGGAGUUGUGAAGCAGUUCUUUAGAGAACUACCUAAACCUCUAUUUCCGGUGGAGAUGUACAACGACUUUGUGGAGUUGUUAGACAGCCAAGAUGAGGCUGACAAAGAGAAGAUGAUGAUUGCUUUUGGAGACAUUCCUGAGCCAAACAUCAGUGUCAUAGUUAGACUGAUCCAACACAUCAAAUAUAUCGCGGAGUACCAGCCCCGAAAUAAGAUGGACGUUAACAACUUGUGUUUGCUGUUUGGUCCGAACGUGGUGAAGCCACCACCCUGCGUAACCACCGGACAGCAAACCUGCGAGAGUGUGACAACAACUAGCAUGCAGCAGGUUACUUUCCUUAAGCAACAGGUGAACAUUCUAAAGUUUUUCUGUGAGAAGCCAAUGUCGAGAUUACACGAACUACAUGGCGACGAGGAGAGCUUGAGACCGGGUUCUGCUCCGCCAAUGUUAUCACCAACUUCUGAGAGGAAUAUCAAGCCCAUUGUCCGCCACGUGUCUGUUGCGAGUCUCAGCACCAGUGAGAUGAUCGCUGAAGAAGACUUCAAUUUCGACCUGGAAUAUUCGCCGUUGAGGGAGGACAAACGGGACCUUUUGCAAGAUUUGGGGAUUUCACUUCAAGAUAUAUCUAACGGGAACUGUAUCAGUCCCUCCAGCGAACUGUCAGAAUAUCCAGACUGUUCCAGACAAUCCUCAUUUGUAGGAGAUGACAGUUCAAUAGACAGAUCCACCACCUCGGAAACGGGGCGAAGUGCUGAUCUUCCCCUCAAGAAACUGUCCCUCGAGGACUAUGUGAAAAAGACUCCUUUGAGCUCGACAAGAUCGGGAGAUUCGGUCUUGUCGUCCGUUCCAUCGAUCAGUUUUCACAGUGCCCCACAGCUGAAGCAUUGUGGUGACUCUCGUCCGAGUUAGCAUAUCAACCUACAUGAAUCAACAUUCAUCUCCACUUAAACAUGUCUUAGCCAAAUCAAGCAAAGACGACCAAGUGAUAAAUAUAUCAGUGAGUUCUUGUGUUGUAGCCUCGAUGAGAAGAAUUAUAAUGUCGUACUGGUGAACAGCGUUUUGUGCUCGGUAGAUGAAAAAACUGGAGUUUCAUAAACUAAAGAGAGAGAUAUCACUGGCAGACAGAUACUUGAAAAUACAGCUCCUAAUAAUAUGCUUCCAACAUUGAUGAUUUUGUAUUGAUUACGGUUUGUGUCAGUCGGAUUCAAGCACUGUGUUUAUGAUUAUUGUAUUUUUCGAGUGUGGUUCACAUUUUGAAGGUGAUUGUUCGCUUAUCAGUCACAAGUACCAGUAUCACAAUCAUAGAGAUAUAAUCUUUUAAGAGAUACAUUAAAGCAAGGAAAGACACUGAAAGAUUUCGAGCUGCAUGGUGGCUGGUGAACAAAACGGAAAAAUUAUCUGACAAUAACAAUAAUUCGGGUGAUGAUUAAUUAUGAUGUUUCUAAUCAUGUGUUCCUUUUGGUUUUUAAAUUCCUCAAAAGCACGAAGAUAUUAUCGUUGAUGUUUUUAGUUAUUAAACGUGAUUCUUACAGCAUUGUUUAUGUUACAGUGAUAAUACGGUUUACAUUAAUUUAAUUGUAAUUGAUUCACAGAUAUAUUUCUUCCGAUCAUUUGUUUGAUUGUAUAAGUUAAAUACGCAUUCUGAUGACAUGAAAGCGUGUAAAAUAUUUUAUUUGAUGAUUUUAUCAUGAUGAACAGCUGUCAUUUUCGACAAACCUAG